GUCGCGCGGUAUGCGGCGCCGCCCGCUGGCGCUGCUUCUGCUGCUGGCGUUGCUGCGCGCGCACGGCUUACUGGCAACCUCUGGAGAAGAUUACACAGUCGACGAUUCAUUCUGGAAUGAAGAAAACCCAAUUGAAGUCGAACGUCUGCUGCGCGAGUACACCCAGAACCAGGAGUUGGUGCGGAACAUCGGCGCGCAUUACUACCAGAUCAUCUACCCGGUGCAGUUACGCCACCACGAGAAGAUGGGCAUUUCCACGCGGGAAGUCAACACACCCAAGGGUCGCUACGGAUCGGAGUUCCAGGGAGUCAGCAGACCUCGAUCAAGAACGGGCAAGCACUACCACCGCACCUCCCUGCUCAUCAAAGCAUUCAACCACAAGUUUAGAUUGGACCUCGAGCUUAACACACAACUGCUUGCGCCGAAUCUGCGUCAGACGAUUUACCUGCCCAAUGGAGCUGAAAGUGAAAUCAGAACGGAAAUCGAGCACUGCUACUACCACGGCACGGUGAAGGACUACCCGGGGGCGUCGGCCGCCUUCCACACCUGCAAUGGAGUCUCCGGUGUCAUCCACAUCGGCAACGAGACCUUCGUCAUACAUCCCUUCUACGGCGGAGAUCUAUCGAAGCACCCCCAUGUGAUCUUCGAGGCGCGCACUAAGAUGAACCGCGGCUGUGGUAAUAAACUGGACCACCGUCAGAAGUCACACCGCACCAAGAACUUCGCGUACGUCGACGACGCGGUGCUCAGCGGCCAUGGAUUCCUGAGCGGUGCGGGUGGUCAUCUGCGCGUGCGGCGCGACGUGCGGGAGACCACCAAGUACAUCGAGACGGCGCUCGUAAUCGACAAGUACAUGUUCGAGAAGAGGAACGGCAGCACGCGAGCCGAGGUGGUGCAUGACGCCAUUCAGGUGGCCAACAUCGCUGACCUGUACUUUCGCACGCUGAACACGCGCGUUUCGGUGGUGUACAUCGAGUCCUGGCAGAGUGCGGACCAAGCCGAGCUCGACAAGAAGUACGACAUCACGCGCGCCAUCCAGAAGUUUAGCGACUACUCCGCCAGGAAGCUGUACAAGAUAGAGAAGGAUACAACACAGCUUCUCUCUGGGAUGCCGUUCCCUGGCGGCGAGUCCGGGAUAUCGGUGCCGGACACCAUGUGCACGCCCAAGUCCGUGGGCAUCUCCGUGGACUACAACACGUACGAGCCACACAUCCUGGCUGCCACCAUGGCCCACAUGAUCGGCCACAACAUCGGCAUGGGGCACGAUGACGGCAGAGAGCAGUGCUUCUGCCGCGAUUGGCACGGCUGCAUCAUGUCACAGUCCAUCGUGGGGCUGGAGAACGUGCAGCCUUACAAGUUCUCCGACUGCUCCAAGAACGACUACAUCAACGAGCUCAGGAUUGGACAGGGACUCUGUUUGCUCAACAAGCCCAAUGAGCUGGUGGUGCACCGGCAGUGCGGCAACGGUCGCCUCGAUGACGGCGAGGAGUGCGACUGCGGCACCAUCGCCGAGUGCCAGAACCUCAACCCAUGCUGUGACCCCUUCACCUGCCGCCUCACCAAGGAGGCGCAGUGCGCGUCCGGUGACUGCUGCGACAAAUGUCAGCUGAAGCCCCGCGGCGUGGUCUGCCGCGACGCCACCAACGAGUGCGACGUGGAGGAGACGUGCACCGGCCUGUCAGGUGCCUGCCCCGUCGACUCCUACAGGAAGAACGGCGUCCCGUGCGAGUCCGGGAAGGGCUACUGCUUCGCGGGCCAGUGCCCCACGCUCUCGCUGCAGUGCGAGAAGAUCUGGGGGCCCGGCACCAUCGGCGCCGACAAACAAUGCUUCGAACAGUUCAACUCCAAAGGUGCGGUGACGGGGCACUGCGGCAAGGACAGUGGGGGCCAAUACGUCAAGUGUGAAGCAGAGAACGUCCGGUGCGGUUCGCUGCAGUGCCAGCUCGGAAACCGGUACCCGAUCGUGCCGGGCAUGGAUGAGUACUACACGCGCACCGUCAUCACCAUCAAGGGCAACGAGUACGACUGCAAAGCCACGACGGGCCUGCCCGGCCACCCGGAGGUGGACGCGAUGGGACUGGUGCGGGACGGCACGCCCUGCGGCGACAACCUCGUGUGCGUCAACCAGAGCUGCACCUCCAUCUACCCCUUCAUCGACCACACCAAGUGCCCCACCGACCACAACAACCACGAGUGCUCGGCCAGAGGGACGUGCUCGAAUACCAACAAGUGCGUGUGCACGCGAGGCUGGACCGGCCCCGACUGCUCCCAGGUGGACGUGCUCCCGGCGCUCCCGACCGCGUUUGUGCCGGAGAACGCGACUAAAGCGGCCUACAACAUGACCAAGAAGGAAACACCGUAUGAGAACUACCACGGCUCAAACACGGUAUUCCUCGUGGCGGUCCUCAUGUCUGUGGUAGGGGGGGUAUUCAUUGUAUUUGCCCUGAGCGCUCUCUGCUACAGGAAAAAGAGCACACUGCCGAAGUACGACCCUCCAUACGUGAAAAAGCCCAUCGCCAAGAGCUUCGCCGGGGGCUCGACCACCUCCAACAACUCCCAGGAGGACAUUUCAAUGGAAGCCAGCAAAAUACACUCGUUCAACAACACGUUCAGAAACCUCCUAAGCCGUGGAGAGUCGCAACGGGUGAUCUUCAGACAAGGCAAUCACAUGUCUGGAGCUGGCACUGGCAAUAGAUAUCCAGACCACAAGCAGAUGAAAAGGGUUCAUUCGGGGAGUGAAGACGAACCAACGCAUUCUGGUGAAGAAGAUAUCGCCUUUAUAGACGUCACUCCCGGCACUAUGUCUAAAUUACCCGAGAAAGGCAUACUGAAGAAACAUGGCUACGGCGCUGUUGAUGGUAAAGAUAAAUGGGGCGACGAUCAAUCAGAACAUUUGGAGGCCGGCUCGCAGUCUGACGGUCAGGAACCUUCAGGUGCUGUAGCUGAUAUGGAGUACAAAUUUAAGGAUCUGAACGGCUACCACGAGAAUAUAAUUGAGGCGCUGAAGACGGCCGCAGCACAGCGAGCCACGACGGGCGCAGGCAGCGGCUCUGGAGAUCUACGAGCUCUGCAGGAGUACGAGUACAAGAGAGAGAGAGCGCCCAGUGCGGAGAAAAUUCACGAGGCUGAACUGAGGAGGCAGAGAGGAGGAGACGAAGAGGAGGACGAGCAGAGACCUUGUGGUCCGUACAGGAUCCGGAACCUGGAGGAUCUGAUCCGGCAGUUAGAGCACCACUCGAGCAGGCACAUGAGUCCCUCGGGCUCUGAAGAUAUCCGCAUGUCGGAGAGCGAGGGUGACCGGCACUACCGGAUGGAUGAUGUGGCCUCGCGGUCCUCUGAUAGUCGGUGUCGGCGCCUGCCACCCGCCGAGGACGAGUCCCGGUUCGGGUACCGGAGCUUCCGUGGCAGCGCGAGCAGCAGGCACCACGCGCCCAUGUUCUCGGCGACUGCGGCUGUCGGUCCUCCACCCGUGCUGCACCCGCACGGGGCGCCGCACGGGCACGGGCAUGGUCACGGCGCGGCGCACCCGCACGGGCACGCGCACGGGGGCCAUCGCGCGCCUCCAGACGAGGACGCGCUCUAUGAGACGGCUGACCCGGAGAGACUGCGUGACGUCCCCGAUAGCGAGAGUGAUGAAUUUAUUCAAGCUCAACAACAGUUAGCCCGGUGGGCGAGUGAGGAAGUGGUUCCAGUCCGCGAGUACUUCUCGUCGCCCGCCGGCAGCUCGGCUAGCGACCGGCCCGGCGCCGCCUUCCCCGAGUACACGCACUGACCGAAACGGACGGGCGCGCCAGAGUGAACCAACGACCGCCCGCCCGCGCUCCUUACACACUUAACUGUAAAUAUUCUCUAAGUGCACUGUAUUAUGACUGAAGUUAGUUUAAUGUGUCGAUAUAUGAAGCGCGUGCGCAGUAUCGCGGCGCGGAAAUAUUAUGUUGAACCGAUGCGCUUUACGUCGCGCCCGGCAGCGCACGCGCUUCUAUGUCUAGUCUAAGUGGAUCUGUCGUCGUAUGAAUGUAAGCCUUGUCGAAUGCGUUUGGAAAUGUGAUUCGUUACAUCUGUCAUGACACUGGUCGUGCUCCCAUGUAGAC